CAUGGUGGCGUUCAGCAUUAGUCGAAUGGACGCGUGUGUUUUCAGGUUGUGAAGUGAGCUCAGAAAAAAAGAAAUACUCUUGAUUCGACGUUUUUUCUUUCGUCACAUUUCUUCGCAUCAGGGCGUCGGUGUCGCCGAGGAGGGCUCGUCAUCAUGGUUAAAGAGCAGUUCAGAGAGACAGAUGUGGCUAAAAAGAUAAGCCACAUCUGCUUUGGAAUGAAGUCUGCUGAACAGAUGCGACAGCAGGCUCACAUCCAGGUGGUGAGCAAGAAUCUGUACAGCCAGGAUACGAGUCACACGCCUCUGCCUUAUGGAGUCCUGGACCACCGCAUGGGCACGAGUGAGAAAGAUCGACCGUGUGAAACCUGCGGCAAGAACCUGGCGGACUGCCUCGGGCAUUAUGGCUACCUUGACCUGGAACUGCCGUGUUUCCACGUGGGCUAUUUUAAGGCCAUCAUCGGCAUAUUGCAGAUGAUCUGCAAAACCUGUUCGCACAUCAUGCUCUCGAAAGAGGAAAAGCAGCAGUUUUUGGAUUAUCUGAAGAGGCCUGGUUUAACGUAUCUGCAGAAGCGAGGCCUGAAAAAGAAGAUCUCAGACAAGUGCCGGAAAAGAACAGUUUGUCUCAACUGCUCUGCCUUUAACGGUCCAGUGAAAAAAUGUGGGUUGCUGAAGAUUAUCCAUGAAAAGUACAAGACGAACAAGAAGGUUGUGGAUACAUUGGUGUCUGAAUUUCUUCAGUCCUUUGACACUGCGAUAGAACAUAACAAAGAAGUGGAAUCAUUACUGAACAGGGCCCAGGAAAAUCUGAAUCCACUGCUGGUGCUGAACUUGUUCAAGAGGAUCCCUUCAGAGGAUGUCCCGCUGCUGCUGAUGAACCCUGAGGCAGGCAAGCCAGCCGAUCUCAUCCUCACCCGACUCCUAGUCCCCCCGCUCUGCAUCCGGCCCUCAGUCGUCAGCGACCUCAAGUCCGGCACCAACGAAGAUGACCUCACCAUGAAACUCACAGAGAUCAUCUUUCUCAACGAUGUCAUCAAAAAGCACCGCAUGUCUGGAGCGAAGACCCAGAUGAUCAUGGAGGACUGGGACUUUCUGCAGCUACAAUGUGCCCUUUACAUCAACAGCGAGCUGUCGGGCAUCCCUCUCAACAUGGCGCCCAAGAAGUGGACCAGGGGCUUUGUGCAGAGGCUCAAGGGGAAACAAGGACGGUUCAGGGGGAACCUUUCUGGAAAGAGAGUGGAUUUCUCUGGACGUACAGUCAUCUCCCCAGACCCUAACUUGCGGAUCGACGAAGUCGCUGUGCCAGUUCACGUGGCCAAAAUUCUGACGUACCCAGAGAAGGUGAAUAAGGCCAAUAUAGAGCUCAUGCGGAAGCUUGUUCGCAAUGGGCCCGACCUUCACCCUGGAGCCAAUUUCAUUCAGCAGAGGCAUACUCAGAUGAAAAGAUUUCUGAAGUAUGGCAACCGGGAGAAGAUGGCCCAGGAGUUGAAGUUUGGAGACAUUGUGGAGAGGCAUAUGAUUGAUGGGGACAUUGUGCUAUUCAACCGGCAGCCCUCCCUGCACAAACUCAGCAUCAUGGCACACAUAGCCCGGGUGAAGCCCCAUAGAACUUUCCGCUUCAAUGAGUGUGUGUGCACGCCCUACAACGCAGACUUUGAUGGGGAUGAAAUGAACCUGCACCUUCCGCAGACAGAGGAAGCCAAAGCGGAGGCCCUGGUGCUGAUGGGAACCAAAGCCAAUCUGGUAACACCCCGGAAUGGAGAGCCCCUCAUUGCUGCUAUCCAGGACUUCCUGACAGGCGCCUACCUUCUCACUCUGAAAGACACUUUCUUCGAUAGAGCGAAAGUAUGUCAGAUAGUAGCCUCUAUUCUCGUUGGGAAAGACGAAAAGGUCAAGAUUGCCCUUCCACCCCCUGCUAUUUUGAAGCCCAUCAGACUCUGGACUGGGAAGCAGGUCUUCAGUCUCAUCCUUAAGCCCAGCAAGUUGUGUCCCGUAAAGGCCAACCUGAGGACCAAGGGAAAGCAGUACUGUGGCCGUGGCGAGGACUUGUGCCCCAAUGACUCCUUUGUUGUGAUCCAGAACAGUGAGCUCAUGUGUGGCAGUAUGGACAAGGGCACCUUGGGUUCUGGCUCCAAGAACAACAUCUUCUACAUCCUGCUGAGGGACUGGGGUCAGCUGGAAGCGGCCAACGCCAUGUCCCGCCUGGCCAGGCUGGCACCUGUCUACCUCUCCAACCGAGGGUUCUCCAUCGGCAUCGGGGACGUUACUCCAGGUCAGGGACUGCUGAAGGCCAAGCAGGACCUCCUGGACGCCGGCUACAAGAAAUGCGACGAGUACAUCGAGGCACUAAAGACGGGGAAACUGCAGCAGCAGCCAGGCUGCACAGCAGAGGAGACCCUGGAGGCCCUCAUUCUAAAGGAGCUCUCUGUGAUCAGAGACCACGCAGGCAGCGCUUGCUUGACUGAGCUGGACAAAAGCAAUAGCCCCCUAAUUAUGGCACUGUGCGGCUCUAAAGGGUCCUUCAUUAACAUCUCGCAGAUGAUCGCCUGCGUGGGCCAGCAAGCCAUCAGCGGCUCCCGUGUGCCCGACGGCUUUGAGAACCGCUCCCUGCCCCAUUUCGAGAAGCACUCCAAACUUCCAGCAGCUAAGGGCUUUGUGGCGGACAGCUUCUAUUCAGGCUUGACUCCCACUGAGUUUUUCUUCCAUACCAUGGCCGGUCGAGAGGGUCUGGUGGACACGGCUGUGAAAACGGCUGAAACAGGAUACAUGCAGAGGCGUCUGGUCAAGUCUCUGGAAGAUCUCUGCUCCCAGUAUGACCUCACGGUGCGCAGCUCCACCGGUGACAUUGUGCAGUUCAUAUACGGAGGUGACGGCCUGGAUCCAGCUGCCAUGGAGGGCAAGGACGAGCCUCUGGAAUUCAAAAGGGUGCUGGACAACGUUAGGGCUGUGUAUACAUGUCCAGAGCAGCCAGCGCUCAGCAAGAACGAGCUGGAGCUCACGGCAGAGUCCAUCAUGAAGAGGAAUGAUUUCCUGUGCUGCAGAGACAGCUUCCUGGAGGAGAUCAGGAAGUUCAUAAAGACAAUAUCAGAAAAAAUAAAGAAGACCCGAGACAAAUAUGGCAUCAACGAUAACGGCACAACAGAGCCUCGAGUUCUGUACCAGCUGGACAGGAUCACUCCCACCCAGCUGGAGAAGUUUCUAGAGACGUGCAGAGACAAGUAUAUGAGGGCCCAGAUGGAGCCAGGCUCAGCAGUGGGUGCUCUCUGCGCCCAGAGCAUAGGGGAGCCUGGCACACAGAUGACCCUCAAGACGUUCCACUUUGCUGGUGUCGCUUCCAUGAACAUCACCCUGGGGGUCCCCCGAAUUAAAGAGAUUAUCAACGCCUCCAAGAACAUCAGUACCCCGAUAAUCAGCGCACACUUGGAUAUUGAGGAUGAUGCCGACUUUGCACGACUUGUGAAAGGAAGGAUUGAAAAGACGCUUCUUGGGGAGAUUUCGGAGUACAUUGAAGAGGUUUUUCUACCAGAUGACUGCUUCAUUCUCGUGAAACUGUCACUGGAAAGAAUUCGGCUUCUUCGAUUGGAGGUUAACGCAGAGACUGUGCGCUACUCCAUCUGCAUGUCGAAGCUGAGGGUGAAGCCGGGCGACAUCGCCGUGCACGGGGAGGCGGUGGUCUGCGUGUCCCCUCGGGAGAACAGCAAGAGCUCCAUGUACUACGUACUGCAGUCUUUGAAGGAGGAGCUUCCCAAAAUUGUGGUGCAGGGCAUUCCAGAGGUGUCGAGAGCAGUCAUCCACAUUGAUGAGCAGAGCGGCAAAGAGAAGUACAAGCUUUUAGUGGAAGGCGAUAACCUUCGUGCCGUCAUGGCAACUCACGGCGUCAACGGCAGCAGAACUUCUUCAAAUAAUACCUACGAGGUUGAGAAGACCCUGGGCAUCGAGGCUGCAAGAACAACUAUAAUCAAUGAGAUCCAAUACACAAUGGUGAACCACGGCAUGAGCAUAGACAGAAGACAUGUCAUGCUGCUCGCUGAUCUCAUGUCAUAUAAGGGUGAAAUCCUUGGAAUUACCAGGUUUGGACUGGCCAAAAUGAAGGAAAGCGUCCUGAUGCUGGCGUCAUUCGAGAAAACCGCUGACCACCUUUUCGACGCCUCAUACUUUGGACAGAAAGACUCUGUCUGUGGUGUAUCGGAGUGCAUUAUCAUGGGGAUCCCAAUGAACAUUGGAACAGGCCUGUUCAAACUCUUACACAGAGCUGACAAAGACCCGGCGCCACCCAAAAGGCCGCUGCUCUUCGACAACGGCGAAUUCCACAUUUCCCUGGUCACAUAGAGCCCCCGCUUCAUUAACAUUUAUUAACGCGGUAUAGCUGUUAUUAUACAGCAAGGAAAGAUUUUUAAUGCAUGUGCAUUUCAUUGCAUCAGUUUUUCAUUUUACUUACCAUUUUCAAAGCGAAACAAAGAAUUGCACACAGCAGCUAUAAGAUAAACAAUCACUGCUUUGAGUGAACUUUUUUGAAGUCAAAUAAUGAUUUGAGUUUAGGGUUUAACGUGAACCUUAAAUUAUAUGUUGAAUAACUAACUUAUUUGUCCUUGUUUUUUGAUGCCACUGCUGUAGUGUGCCUUCGACACUCUCGCUGCUGGGGUUUUCAACAUGAGUACAAUGAAUACUCUCCACGUGUUCAUUAGUGGGUUUUAUUUCAGCAAAGUUAAGAUGCUCUUUGCAUCUUGUGCUGAGUACCUGAGUUUAGUGCAGGAUGUGGAUUAUUAUCCACUGGACCACACUGUUGCCCUCCCCCACCCUUUUGUGCGCUGCUAAAUUCAUACGCACAAAUUAUUUAUAUCCCGUUUGUUUUUCCUCUAAUGAACACACAUUUAGAAAUUGCAUACGGAAUGAGGCUUUCUGUAAAAAUGCAUAAUGCACAGAGCCCCUGGCAUCAUGUUAACUGUUAUUUUUC